UUGGACUCUUCCAUGUAUGGGGCAGGGAACCGCCCCUCUGAAAAAACACAAACCCGGGCUGCUCGGGGUUUGGCCGAGGUCGCCGCGGUCCUUUCGUUUCUCGCGAUGUGAGGACCGUGGUGAGCCGCCGCCCUUCGUCCUGGGAACCUCCCGACUGAACAGCCGCUGCCGGCGGACACUCUUUAAUUUUUCCUUCAGUGAGUCAGAGGCUGUCAUCAAGAAAGCCAAAGUGGAUUUCUCUGGCGUCCUGUGCCUGCCCCCUUCCGUCAUUGCUGGAAAUGGGCUGGACGGAGGAGGGGUUGGCGAGAAUGAAGAUGAAACACUCUCGGUGUCUCUUUCGGCUGCACCAAGCCCACAAAGUGAAGCUGUUGCCAAUGAACUGCAGGAACUUUCCUUGCAACCCGAGCUGACUGUAGGCCUUCAUCUUGGCCGGAACCCCAAUCUUCCUCCUCUUAGUGAGAGGAAGAAUGAUUGGCCCGAAGGAGAGGAGUGUAAUAUUUUUAUUCAUGGAACUAUUAAAGUGCUACAGUUGAAACUCCAGCAACGACGGACACGUGAAGAGUUGGUUAGUCAAGGGAUCAUGCCUCCACAAGAAACUAGUUUGUCACACACAUAUUCCUUCAGUGGGCUAAGCUUCCUCUUAUCUGACCAUUGGCCUGUGUGCAGAUCUUCAUUCUGUCUCCCAAGAUCAUUCUCACACUCCAUUACAAUAUCUUUCUUCUACAUUGGAAGCAUUUUGGAAAACAUACUUGCAAUAGAAGCUCUGAAAAGUCCAGCUGCAUUUCAUGAACAGAGAAGAAGUUUGGAACGGGCCAGGACAGAGGAUUACUUGAAACGGAAGAUUCGGUCCCGACCAGAGAGGUCUGAGUUGGUGAGGAUGCACAUUCUAGAAGAGACCUCUGCUGAACCUUCUCUUCAGGCCAAGCAGCUGAAGUUGAAGCGGGCUAGAUUGGCUGAUGAUCUCAAUGAGAAGAUUGCCCAGAGACCAGGCCCCAUGGAAUUGGUGGAGAAAAAUAUUCUGCCUGUGGAAUCAAGCUUGAAGGAAGCUCUCAUUGUAGGUCAAGUGGACUAUCCUAAGUUAGCAGAUAAUUCCUCCUUUGAUGAAGACAGCAGUGAUGCCCUGUCUCCAGAACAACCGGCUAGCCAUGAAUCCCAGGCAUCUGUGCCAUCCCCAAUGGAUGCUCUGAUGAGUGAUUUAGUUCCUACUCCCACAGUAGCAUCCCCUGCUCAGAUUGUGUGCCAGUUAAAAAUCAGCACAGACUGCACUGAGACAACUUAUGUGUCUGAACAGCCUCCAACCCCUUUGCCACAGCCGCCACCUCCAGUGCCUCUGAAUCUCACUAAUGGGAUUGCUCCUGCUGCUGCCAAACCUCUUCCAACUCUUAUAAAGCAAAGCCAGACAAAAUCUUCAUGUGAGAAGUCCCAGCGUAGCAAAAAAUCCAAGGAGCCGAAACCAAAAGUCAAGAAGCUGAAAUAUCACCAAUAUAUUCCACCGGACCAAAAACAGGAUAAAGGAGCUCCCCCCAUGGAUUCAUCUUAUGCCAAAAUCCUGCAGCAACAACAACUCUUUUUACAGCUCCAGAUCCUUAAUCAACAGCACCAACAGCACUACAACUAUCAAACCAUCCUCCCAGCUCCACCAAAGCCUUUAGGAGAACAGAAUGGCAACAGCACCCCAGCCUUGCGUAAUCUUUCCAGUGCUGCCAGCAACGCGUCUUCUCUUUCUUCUAGUUCUAAUGGGCUCUUGCGACAAAAUAGCAAUUCUCCAGUAGGCAAACCUGGGGCUCUCCCUACUAACCUUGAUGACAUGAAGGUGGCAGAGCUAAAGCAAGAGUUGAAGUUAAGGGCAUUGCCUGUGUCGGGUACCAAGACAGAUUUAAUUGAGCGGCUCAAGGCUUAUCAAGAGCAGAACGGUAUAACCAGCCGAGUAAUUGCUGCUCCCAAGGCUAACACAGCAAUUCUCCCGAAGACUACUGAAGUGGUGGUAACUUUCCCAGCUGCUCGGCUGAGUACAGGUCCUGCACUUGUCAAUACAGGCCUUACUUCAGCAGAGGUUGUUGUAGCCACUGUCACGGGCAAUGGGGUCAUGAAGUUUGGGAGCACAGGCUCAACUCCUCCUGUGUCACCCACUCCCUCUGAACGUUCUCUGAUAAGUGCUGGAGAUGAGAAUUCAAUCAGUGGUGAUACCUUUGGGGAGAUGGUGACUUCUCCCCUGACUCAGCUUACUCUACAAGCAUCACCAGUCCAAUUUUUGGUAAAAGAAGAGAGUUCCAAAGGUAACACUUGUAGCACAAAUGCAAUGUCAAGGGUAGAGUCUAGCAUGAACAACAACAAAGACAUGGAGGUCCAGGAUAAAGACCAGAUGCUGCAGGAAAAAGAUAAGCAGAUUGAGGAACUCACCCGGAUGCUAAAGCAGAAACAGCAGUUGGUGGAGAUGCUAAAGCUGCAGCUGGAGAAAGAAAAGAGAUCUCAACAACCGCUGUCAGCUACAGUUGUUGGAGAAGAAGACAGAGCUACAGUCUGUGAGCCCUCUAUUUUUGGCACCUCUGUCAAGAAUGAAAAAGGCUUUGUGAGUUGCCAAUCUGUGGAGCAGCUGAACUGCCAAAUUGACCAACUAAGACCCACACAGACCACCAGCCAAAUGGAGACAUCAGAUACAAAUUUAGUGCCAAAGAAAGCAGUAAUGGUGAAGCAGGAGGUGCUAGCUGCUGAAACUGAGCCAUCAUGUCAGACCUCAUGUUUUUUCCUUGGACAACAAGCUGGAGGUUUCAGUGAUUUCAUCAAGGGAGCUUCCCCCCCUACCCUCAUCACAGAUUCCACAGGGACUCACAUAGUCCUCACUGUGACCAAUCAGAAUGCUGAAAGGCAGAACCUCUCACCUCAGGAGAAAGUGGGAAGCAGUUCGUUGCCAUUGAAAAGAAUAUCAUCUCCAUCUACAAUAGCACCCAGCAAGCCACUUAUAAAGAACUCUCCAUCAUCUCCUGAACCUCCACCAAAGGAAUCCACCCAAAAGCGUCAGAAGUCAGGUCUGCAAAUGGUCACUGGACAGCUGCCACAAACAAUCUUAUCUUUUUCUGCAUCUCCCAACUUGCAGCCGUUCUUCCUGAACGGCUUCCACAAAGGACCGCCGAAUGCCAGAGUUCCUGAUAAAACUGGCCAGUCCAGUGAGACAAAAAAGUUUCUCUCACAGCCAAGUUCUCCAGCUCCUCCUUCUCCACCCCAUAUGGACCUUGAGCAGCAGAAGCAGAGCCCUUCCUUCUUUGGCACUUUGCCACCACUGCUUCUCCCUGCCACCUCAGUUGCUAUGAAAGAACCACCAGGCUAUGAGGAGGCUGUGAAGCAGCAACCCAAGUCUUCUGAGGAGAAUGGCUGCUCAAGUCAGCAAAUGGAUGAUUUGUUUGAUAUUUUAAUUGAACAUGGAGAGAUUUCAGCUCAAUUCAAAGAAUCUCCCUCAGCAAAGAAAGAUCCCACUGUUACCCCAAAAUGCCUUUCUCCAUCCAGUAAUCAUCAUUCCUCAGAGCUUUGUCUGCAGGGGCCUGUGAGUCACCCAAGCUCUGUUAAUCCACCAGGCAGACUGGAAGACUUCUUAGAGAGUACCACUGGCCUCUCUUUGUUGACGGCAGUCCCUGAUGGAACCGAGCCCCUAAUUGAUCUCUACAGUGAGAUGCUAAGCAGUUCAGCUAUCCUGGACCAGCCAUCAUCACCUAUGGACACAUCAGAAUUGCACUUUGCCCCUGAAUCUGCUGGGGGACCAGGUUUGGACUUGGCAGAACCCAAUUUGGACAGUAUGGAUUGGUUGGAGCUGUCAGGGGGGCCAGUGAUGAGCCUUACACCCCUCAGUUCUGCAACCCCUAGCCUCUUUUCCACAGAUUUCCUUGAUGGACAUGAUUUGCAGCUGCACUGGGAUUCUUGCUUAUAACCUUUUGACCAAGUAAACUGAAGGGAGUACAGGUGGGUGUAGGAAAUGAGCAAGAAUUUAAGUAAACAGUGCAUCUAAUGAACCGUUUUUCUCCCCCCUUCCCAAUUUUGACCAGUUUUUGUAAAGCUAGAGCCAAGGGCAAGUACCCAGGAUGUUUUCUGAAUGAAAAUUCAAUCUCAGGAAAGCUUCCACUUUUUCCAGUGGUUUGUCAAAAUGUGGCUCUUUCCUCAAACAUUUAGCAAUUACAUCAGAGUUCUAUGAGUAAUUGCAGAUACUUCAACAUAAAGGAGAAGUUGGAGCAGUUCUAGGCAAAGGAUCCAGAAAAAAUCAUUGGCAAACACAGUUCUCCUUGCUGGAGAUUAAUCUGUCUAAUUGGAAAGCAUUAAAAAAAAUUGGAAAAAGUUAAUUUGUCCACACUGUAAAGAUUUUCACUUAGAAUAUGACUCAUUUGGGAAAGGAAAUAGGGAAUUAGGAUGAAUUCAUACUGAAGUUUACAAUCAGCUCGGAGGGUUACAGUCUAGUUAAAAUAGCCUUUUUCUUGAUAAUGCUGUAGUAUAUGUGCUUCCUGCCUAUUAAGAAAGCUAAAUCCACAUUAUAUGAUAACUUAAGAGAACAGCUCUUGCUGUUUAACAUUGUUCUGGAUUGCCCCAAUGUAAAAUAAACAGAGGGCCAAUUAUUCUGGUUCUAGUAUCUUACCAGCCAAGAUUUGCAAUGAAUCAAGACCGUUGUACAAAGUACAGUGUUUUCAGCUUCCUGUAAUUCUUUUAAAAAAUUAUUCUAAUGGUUCCAGUUAUGGAAUAUAGUGCUGUUUUGAGGAAAUGGAGUUCUGAACUGACUGGUUGGCAGUCUAACAUCAGCAUUUGAGCUGUAAGCCCUGCUCUUCCUACUAUUCAUAGAUUUAUCGUGUUUCCCAGAAAAUAAGACACAGACUUUUUUUUUUUUUUUUGCCUCCAAAAAGGCAGGUCUUAUUUUCAGGGUGUGUAUGUGUGUAUCUUUUCCACUCACCUCCGGCACGGACAGUUCCACCCAACCAGCCCGCUUCUGCGGCCAAUGGAGCAGCUUCAUUCUGCAGUUGAGAAUGGAGCUCCAGCCUGCACUUCGCAGUCAAAGGCCUUUCUGGAAGGCCUCUGACUGCAAAAUGUAGGCCUGGGGACGCCACGGAAGAAGUGGGCUGGAGAGGAGACGCCUGGCUGCAAGAUAAGAGUGCAGGGCAUGUGGGCAGCUCCACACACUCCCACCGCUGCCCUAACUUGAUUUUUAGGUGUGUGCCUUGCCCCGAACUAGGGCUUAUAUUUGUGGUAGGGCUUAUAUUAGGCCCACCCCCAAAAAUCAAGUUAGGGCUUAUUUUCAGGGUAGGUCUUACUUUUGGGGAAACACGGUAGCUGUCCUCCCUGUUUUUGCACAGAAAAUAUAGCUUCCUCUGUAUUGACAGCUGGGUUCAUAGGAAAGUAAUCUAUUGCAUCGCUGCAUUUAAAGCAGUUGUGGUUGUACCUCUCCUUGGAUAGCUUGGCUGAUUUUAACACUUUACAUGAUUCAAUCAGUAAGAACCUUGAGGAACACACACAUCAACUUUCUUCUAAAAAGGACAUCAUUUGGUAUGGAGAUGCAUGUGCUAUUACACAGAGGAAAUUUACAUAGCCAUAAUCCCUGCUACUGUGAAAUGUGGUUGUAAAUCCCAGUCUUUCCUCUUGAAACUUGGCUUUAUUUUUUACCUAGUAAACUUGUACAUAUCUCUAUAAAACUGUUCUAGAAAGCUAAUGAAAUUAAUCGUUAUUAGGUGAUGCUUUCCUUUAGCUUCUCCUUUUUGUAAAACUGUUACAGAGCAACCAUUUUAGGCUGGGGGUUGGAACACAUACCUUGCCCUUAAACUACCAGUUUAACCUUUUUGCAUAUGCCAUUAAAUAUUAUUAGUCAAUCUCCCUUUCUAUAGAGAAGAAUGUAUAACUCAUGGAUCUGUUGGCAUAAGCUUCUUCCCCACUAAAAGAGACUUCUCUAGUUUCACAGAAUUCCAAAAACUCCUUUACUUCUGAUUCUCUAACAGUUUAUAGAGCCUAUAUCAUCCUAAUACCCGUCAUGAUGAAGAGCCUCAUCUUGAAAAGUUAGUUGCGGUUAUGUGACUAGCCAGAGUCCUAGAGUAGCUAACUGCAAGUAAAGCUGAUUUCUGUAAAAAUCUUUCUGCAGGAAUCAGAUUGUUAGAAUUGCUGAAUGUAUUCAUCUUUUAUAUUCUGCAGGACAUGCAACCAAUCAUAUAGAUUAGUGGCUAGUUUGCAAAGAUAGCUAGUUUUGGAUAGUUUGGAUAAUAAAACUUGUAUAACCUACAUUAGGGCCAUAUCAGUGAGAGGGAGCAGUUAGAUCAGUAUGAGCAUUUUGCAUGUUCCCUCAUUCUGAGAACAGUAAACAAGCUAUCAAACAAGAGGACUUUAUCUCAAAAGGUGCUAUGACAACUGCCUGUCUCUGAAAGAAGAAACUAUUCACCAUAAGCAAAUACAAAAAUAAAAUGAAAAGCUUUAACAGAACACUA